AUGAAGAUGUGGGGUGAGUUGUCAUCGGCUUUUUUGGAAAGACAGUUCUGAGGACGGUUGAGAAUUUUGUCACCUUGUCCACAGGAGAGAAAGGCUUUGGCUACAAAGGCAGCAAGUUUCACUGUGUGAUCCAGGACUUCAUGAUCCAGGGGGAAGACUUCACCUGGGGAGAUGGAACAGGAGGUAAAAGCAUCGACGGGGACCAUUUCCCUGAUGAGAACUUCAAGCUGAAGCACUAUGGGCCUGGCUGGGUGAGCAUGGACACCAGUGGCUCUCAGUUCUUCAUCACCAAUGUCAAGAUGUCAUGGCUGGAUGGCAAGCAUGUUGUCUUCGGCAAAGUCCUGGAAGGGAUGGAUGUAGUGAGAAAAGUGGAGAAUACAAAGACAGUCGAGACAAACCCCUGA